GAGCAUAAAAUGGGCCACUGACAGAAUAAAAAUCCGGUCGAAAAAGAAAAAGAAAACGGGACACUUUUUUUGCUUAAAUUUCGUACAUUUGCAGCGCUCUUAAAAAGUUUAAUGGUCAACGUUAUAUUCGAAGAUGGUUUAGGGGGAAAGUUUGAUGAAAAUGGUGUUGCAGUUUGCGUUGUUGAUAUGGAUGUUGACACAAAUAACUAUCCUUUGGGUGCUGUUACUGACUUUGAUAUGUAUAAUGACUUCAAACCUCCUGAGAGAUCUGAAAAGAAGGAGAUCAAGAAAGAAUCCAACAAUAAGUCUGAUAAAAAGCUGAUUAAAACUGAAGAGAUGCCGAAAACAACCUAUAGAAAAUAUAAAAAAGAAGAUAUGGAAACAUUUUUCUAUUUAGUUACUGAAAAAGGGAUGUCAAUUCGCGGUGCAGCGAGCGCGCUCAAAAUUCCUAAAAGCACAUCAUAUGGCUGGCAUAAAAAGGGUCUUGAGGCGGCAGAUGAGUAUGUCGAUAUGAGAAAGGCUGGUAGUGGCCGGCCAGUUGGCAGACCAUCACCCUUGACUGAGAGUCAUCGUCAAUAUCUUGUCGAGCUCAUUGAUGAUAACAGUGAUCUUCGUUUAGAUCAAAUGAUGGAGAGCUUGACUAAUCAAUUCAAGGAUCUCUCUAUCUCUAAAACGGCCCUUUACAAUUUUGCAACGC